AUGAAGGACACUACAGUCUCGGUGCGCCCGGUGCAUCCUACAAUGUUUGGCUCGCCAAAGGAUCUAUCCACAGCUCAAGAAACCGCCAUCAAUGCAUUUCUCGCAAAUACAAGCACAAUAAUCGAAUCCCCAAAAACAAAUCAUGUCCCCUUCUCACCUGACGAUUUCCCUCGUCCCACGUAUACCGUUCUCGAAACUCCCCUGGCAGACCCCAAAAAGAGCCGCGAUGCUAUCUCUCAACCGAAACCCAACAUCAACCGCCCACGACAACUCUCCAAUAUCUCAGCCUCAACAUUAGCAUCACUUCAAUCUCGGGAAACGAUGAACUCGUCACAAAUGAAAUCUUCUUGGGGAAACAGACCGAGCAUGGAAUCCACCGAUUCGGCCUCUAGAUGGCGACCAGACUACAUGUACCAGCGCCCAAUGCCUAUCAAGAACCUGUCUUCAUCUUCUACGAGAACGCCCAUGAAGCCAAACGAGUUGUUCGCCAAAUUACCUACUAAAGUACUGUCGGAUAUCAUGGAGCAGCUGAGAAAUCUCCAUGUUGGGGAGAAGAGCGGGAGUUGUGCGACUUGCUGGAUGAGAGAUGCGACCAAUGUCGCUGUUUCUUGUCGCAAGUGGUACCAGCCCGCUCAAACAGCUCUGUACCGAAACAUCCAACUCGUAGGCGCAGAUUCAGCCGUCCAUAAAAAGAAGUUCAAGAUGUCUCAGGGCGUUCGAGUCGUUAUGCUCCGUCGUAUCCUCCGCUCUAACCCUCGUCUUGCUAGUCUCGUCCGCACACUUAAAGUCCCUGCUCCCGAAAUAGUCCCCAAGGGUUCUACAAUCGCCGAGUAUGAGGAUCUUAUCGCCACGCUGGUCAUGGCAUGUCCCAACCUUGAGAGUCUCCGUGGUCUGUCGCCUAUGUAUGACCACUCCUUCAGCAAGAUCUUCCACGCCCUGUCCACGAGGUUGAACCUAAAGGAGAUGAACUGGCUCAUUCAGGCGUCGCCUUAUCAAACACAGCAGCGUAUCCAGGGCAAUACCCAGCAGCUCGGUUUGGUCAUGCCGGGAGAGCUCAAGCCUUUCCAGGAAGCGACCUUCUUGUCAGUCAACGCCAACUGGUCAAAACUUGAGAGUCUCACCGUUCACUGUUUACCUGGAGCAACUCUCACACCCGAAACACUUCUCACAAAAACUCUUGAGCGUCUGCCUAACAUCAAGCACCUUCAUCUGUGUAACCUCCCGCCUAAUAGCUUCGACGACUGCAGUCUUCUCACCCUCCCUCCCCUAGAGACCCUCACACUCUCUCACAUCAGCGGCAUUACGACCGCCGGCCUGUCAGCAUUUGCAACGCAGUCCAAUAGCUCCCCUUUGCGCAAGCUCACCCUCCGCCACACGCCAAUGAACUCCCUGGCUGCUCUUGCCCGCAUCCUCUCCAACCUGCGAAACCUCGUCAACUUCUCCUUAAUUCAGACCUUCCCGCCCACCAUGCCAGAGAACGACAGUUUCACGCUGUGGCUGAUGCCGUAUCUAACCAGCAACACUAUUCGAAAGCUUCACUGGGACAUCACUAGCCACUCAACUUCCGUCAACGCUGCAGACGAUAUCCUUGCUCGAAGUAUCGGCGCAGGAGGCUUUCCGGCUCUGAGGAUUCUGUGUACCCCUAACGAUCCGGAUGGCAUUUUCCAGGAACUCUGUUACCCCGUUGACAGAAUCGAUCUCCCUUCCGAUCGUUUCCGACCUACUGAGCGACCCGAGGUUUGCACGCCUCCACCUAGCUCAAUAACAAGUCCUAUGUCGCCCACACGCCUAUUUCGAUCCUCCAACGCAUCGCCCAUCGCCUCUCCACGAGAGCGAGAGCCUAUAUCUCCCUUUGGCGAUAUGCGCCGUGCUCCCUACUCAAAUCUUCACACGUCACGCCUGGCCGCCCAAGCACGUCUCGAAGCAGCCCGAUCCCAGCCAAAGUUCACCGUCAACGUUAUCGAAGAAGAUGGUACUUUCAACGACACCUUCACCAUGGCGGGCUUCAUCGGCACGGUUGGAAGUCCCAUCAAGUACUAUCUCCAUCCCGACCGCGGAACGACGGAUGACAAGGGUGGUCUGAUCGACAUAAGAGACCUCGAAAGUGAUGCGGGUGAGAGCCUGGAAGGUGGUAAGGCGGGAUGUACUGGAAGAUGGAAUUCCCGCGAGGGAAUCGUGGCGGAUAAGAAGGAGAAGGAGUGGUGGUGGCACACUGAGCGAGGCCGCUGGCAAAAGGUGACACUCUGA